UCGCCUCCUCCCCCUCUCUCGCCCACCAUUUCUGGAUCGCUCGAGGCCUCUAGCUCGACCUAAACCUUCGUUCGCUCAUUCGGAUCUCGGUAAGGUAAGCCAUGGUGAAGCACAACAACGUCAUCCCGAAUGGGCACUUCAAGAAGCACUGGCAGAACUAUGUCAAGACAUGGUUCAACCAGCCCGCCCGCAAGCAGAGGCGCCGCAUCGCUAGGCAAAAGAAAGCUGUGAAGAUUUUCCCCCGCCCUACUGCUGGACCACUUCGCCCAAUUGUUCAGUGCCAAACACUUAAGUACAACAUGAAGUCUAGGGCUGGAAGGGGUUUCACCCUUGAAGAGCUGAAGGCAGCUGGGAUCCCGAAGAAGCUUGCCCCAACCAUUGGCAUCUCAGUGGAUCACCGCCGCAAGAACCGCUCACUUGAAGGUCUGCAGGCCAAUGUUCAAAGGUUGAAGACCUACAAGGCCAAGCUUGUCAUCUUCCCAAGACGCGCCCGCAAGGUCAAGGCUGGUGACUCCACUCCUGAGGAGCUUGCCACAGCCACCCAGGUCCAGGGUGACUACAUGCCUAUCACCCGUGGCGAGAAGCGCUCGGUCGAGGUCGUGAAGGUUACAGAUGAGAUGAAGUCAUUCAAGGCCUACGCCAAGCUGCGUGUGGAGAGGAUGAACCAGCGCCACGUUGGCGCCCGGCAGAAGAGGGCGGCCGAGGCCGAGAAGGAAGAGAAGAAGUAAAAGGAUUGCAACCUGUAACGGUUAAGAGUAGAGAUCCUGCACCAAGUUUUUAUCGUUAUUUUUAUCAGCUUCACCUGAUGCGAGACUGGCGUUUUGAUGUUGCUGUCUGUCUACUCUCCAGCAGUUUGAGCUUGUUUGGGUUUUUGUCUGAAGUGAAUCAAACUAAGCGCAUACUUAUCUUGAGAUGAAUUCAACCAUUCCGCUACGUCUCAAUU